AUGACUUCCAGAAACCGGGAAACCGACCCGUCAGAAGCCACUCCGCUAUUGCGACAUGAGUCAACAGUAUCAGAAUCUCACCAAAGCACCCACUAUCACAGAGUGGCCAGUCGCAGCACAAAUGUUGAAAGCAAUAAUUCGAUCGAUGAAACGCAAGAACAGAUCAAUGCCCUCGGUCUGGUCCGGGUGACUUCGGCAGAAGGGCUGGACAUCGAGCCCGACUUGGAACGAUUCUCCUCGCGCGGUUCAGCUUCUGUGAAAAAGAACAAUGCCUCUACCGGCGAUGCAGAUCCAAUCCCAGAGGAAGAAGAGGAAGAUAGCUAUGCUGCUCGAUUCAUCGAUGUAUCGCCAGCUCGGUUCUGGCUUAUUUUCGUCGGCGUCCUCAUCGGAUAUCUGAUCGGCUUCUUCGACUCCACUUUGAUGGCAUCGAGCCACCCCGUUAUUACCUCCUACUUCAAUGCCGCAAACACUGCUUCAUGGCUAUCAACUGCAUUCCUGCUCACCUCUACAGCCUUCCUACCACUCUUCGGACGCAUCUCCGAUGCCUUCGGCCGGAAGCCCGUGUACCUAUUCUCCAUCGCAAUGUUCUUCCUGACAACAGCUUGGUGCGGACUGGCCCAAAAUAUCGGCAGCUUUAUUGCUGCUCGAGCCCUCUGUGGCCUUGGCGCUGGGGGUGUGUUCUCCAUGGGCCAAGUCAUAUCCAGCGAUCUAGUCCGCAUCGAAUACCGCGGUGUUUACCAAUCUUACAUCAACCUGUGCUAUGGUACCGGUAGUUGCUUGGGCCUUGCUUUUGGUGGGUACCUCUGUGAUAAUAUCGGAUGGCGUGGUGCAUUCUUCAUCCAACUUCCCUUCAUCUUUGUAUAUUUCAUCACCGCAGCAAGUACCAUCCCAGCGGACCUCGGCGUCAAACGAGCCAUCAACUCGGAGCGAAUGACAGUGGUACAAUUGAUCCGCAGCAUCGACUUGACCGGUGCAUUCAUCCUGGCUACAGCAGUGACAGCUCUGAUCAUGGGGUUGAAUCUGGGUGGUAAUGUCUUUCCCUGGGAACAUCCUCUGGUUAUCGGCUCUCUAGUCGCAGCUGUGCUCCUGGGUAUUGUUCUUGUCAGAUACGAGCGCGGGGUACCACGCGCAGUUCUUCCGAUAGAACUCCUCUCCAAGAAUCCCCGGGCUAGUCUCAUUAUCGGCAAUUUCUUCGGUGCUAUUUCAGUCAAUACGGUCAUGUUCAAUGUCCCUCUUUACUUCCAAGCGGUCAAGCUGGCUAGCCCCACAGACUCAGGCUUGCGAUUAGUGGCAGCAUCCAUUGCUAUCACUGCUUCGAGUGUCGGAACUGGGUUCUUGAUCACCUGGUCGAAACGGAUGAAGCCAACCAUUAUCCUUGGCGGCUUCUGUAUGUUGUUGGGCGGAUGUACCGCCGCAUCCCUCAACAUGCACACACCCUAUGCGCUAGCUAUGAUCUGUGUGUCGUUCUCUAGCCUCGGACAAGGCUUUUCCUUCCCUUCGGUGAUGGUAUCAGUGCUGGCUACAAGCGAGCAGGAUGACCAGGCUAUCGCUACUACAACUCUCGGUCUAGCACGGAACCUUGGAGCCGUGAUGGGCGUGUCUAUUAGUAGUUGGAUAUUUCAAAAUGUCCUCUACUACCAACUUGAACGUAACGUGAAGGGUGUGGAAAAAGACCAUAUCAUUGCCCUCGUCCGCAAGUCGAUCCGAGCUAUUUCCAGUCUUGACCCAUUGCACCAACAUCAAGUUAUCGGAUCAUAUGCGACUGCCCUUCGUGCAACCUUUCUAUCCGCAGCCCUCUGGGGUGCCAUCAUGCUGAUACUGCAUUCCCGCCUUCGUUUGCCCCGACUUGGCAGUAAGGCUUAA